GUCAUCCUCAUGGACCCCAGUGAUUUCCCCAGUCCGUUUGACCCAUUGACCCUGCCAGAGAAGCCCCUGGCUGGAGACCUUCCAGUUGACAUGGAAUUUGGAGAGGAUCUACUGGAAUCCCAGACUGCCCCAACUCGAGGAUGGGCCCCCCCUGGCCCUUCUCCAUCCUCAGGAACCCUGGACCUGCUUGAUACCCCUGCUGGCCUGGAAAAAGACCCUGGAGUCCUGGAUGGAGCCACUGAGCUGCUGGGGCUGGGAGGGCUGCUCUAUAAAGCCCCCUCCCCCCCAGAGGUGGACCAUGGUCCUGAGGGGACCCUUGCAUGGGAUGCAGGAGAUCAGACCCUAGAGCCUGGACCAGGGGGCCAGACCCCUGAGGUGGUGCCACCUGACCCAGGGGCUGGGGCAAAUCCCUCUUCACCUGAGGGGCUACUAGAGCCUUUGGCUCCAGAUUCUCCAAUAACCUUGCAGUCCCCACAUCUUGAAGAGGAGGAGACCACCUCCAUAGCUACAGGGCGAAGGGGCUCCCCUGGGCAGGAGGAGGAGCUUCCCCAAGGGCAGCCACAGAGCCCAAAUGGCCUCCCCAGCCCUUCAGUGGGAGAAACUCUGGGGGAUGGAAUCAACAGUUCUCAGACUAAACCUGGGGGCCCUAGCCCCCCUGCACACCCUUCCUUGCCAGGAGAUGGCCUGACUGGGAAGGCAAGUGAGAAGCCGCCUGAGAGGAAGAGAAGCGAGCGCGUUAGAAGAGUAGAGCCUCCAAAACCUGAGGUUGUGGAUUCCACUGAGAGCAUUCCAGUGUCAGAUGAGGAUUCUGAUGCCAUGGUAGAUGACCCCAACGAUGAGGACUUUGUGCCAUUCCGGCCCCGGCGCUCUCCUCGCAUGUCCCUACGCUCGAGCGUGGCACAGAGGACUGGGCGCUCAGCGGUAGGCACCAAGAUGACUUGUGCCCACUGCCGGACACCACUGCAGAAGGGCCAGACGGCCUACCAGCGCAAGGGGCUGCCACAGCUCUUCUGCUCUUCAUCCUGUCUCACCACCUUCUCCAAGAAGCCCUCCGGCAAAAAGACCUGUACCUUCUGCAAGAAGGAGAUCUGGAACACCAAGGACUCAGUUGUGGCGCAGACUGGUUCAGGAGGCUCCUUCCAUGAGUUCUGCACAUCUGUCUGUCUCUCUCUGUAUGAGGCCCAGCAGCAGCGCCCAAUCCCCCAGUCUGGGGAUCCCGCCGAUGCCACUCGCUGCAGUAUAUGCCAGAAGACUGGAGAGGUCCUGCACGAGGUCAGCAAUGGCAGCGUGGUGCACCGGCUCUGCAGCGACUCUUGCUUCUCCAAAUUCCGGGCCAACAAGGGACUGAAAACCAACUGUUGUGACCAGUGUGGGGCUUACAUCUACACCAAGACCGGGAGCCCUGGCCCCGAGCUCCUCUUCCACGAGGGCCAACAAAAGCGGUUCUGCAACACAACCUGCUUGGGGGCGUACAAGAAGAAAAACACACGGGUGUACCCAUGUGUCUGGUGCAAGACCCUGUGUAAGAACUUUGAGAUGCUAUCCCAUGUGGACCGUAAUGGCAAGACCAGCUUGUUCUGUUCCCUGUGCUGUACCACCUCUUACAAAGUGAAGCAGGCAGGGCUCACUGGCCCUCCCCGACCCUGCAGCUUCUGCCGCCGCAGCCUCUCUGACCCCUGUUACUACAACAAGGUUGAUCGCACAGUCUACCAGUUCUGCAGCCCCAGCUGCUGGACCAAGUUCCAGCGCACAAGCCCCGAGGGGGGCAUUCACCUGAGCUGUCACUACUGCCACAGCCUCUUCAGUGGCAAGCCUGAGGUCUUGGACUGGCAGGACCAGGUGUUCCAGUUCUGCUGCCGUGAUUGCUGUGAGGACUUCAAGCGCCUUCGGGGUGUGGUGUCCCAGUGUGAGCACUGCCGGCAGGAGAAACUCCUGCAUGAGAAGCUCCGAUUCAGUGGGGUGGAGAAGAGCUUCUGCAGCGAAGGCUGUGUGCUGCUGUACAAACAGGACUUCACUAAGAAGCUGGGAUUGUGUUGUAUCACUUGUACUUACUGCUCUCAGACCUGCCAGCGCGGAGUCACCGAGCAACUGGACGGCAGCACCUGGGACUUCUGCAGCGAGGACUGUAAGAGCAAGUACCUGCUGUGGUACUGCAAGGCUGCCCGGUGCCAUGCCUGUAAGCGCCAGGGGAAGCUGCUGGAGACCAUCCACUGGCGUGGGCAGAUCCGUCAUUUCUGCAACCAACAAUGUCUGCUGCGUUUCUACAGCCAGCAGAACCAACCCAACCUGGAUACCCAGAGUGGACCCGAGAGCCUCCUGAACAGUCAGUCUUCUGAGGCGAAGCCCCAGACACCCUCUCAGACCAAAGUGGAGAACAGCAACACUGUAAAGACCUCAGAGGAAAAUGGGAAUCUGGGCAAGAUCCCUGUGAAGAUCCGAACAGCCCCCGCUGCUCCCACCCCUCCUCCACCCCCACCGCCCCCAGCAACACCCCGCAAAAACAAAGCUGCCAUGUGUAAACCACUGAUGCAGAAUCGGGGGGUCUCCUGCAAGGUGGAAAUGAAGUCCAAAGGGAGUCAGACAGAAGAGUGGAAGCCACAGGUGAUUGUGCUGCCCAUCCCAGUGCCCAUCUUUGUGCCAGUGCCUAUGCAUCUGUACUGCCAGAAAGUCCCGGUGCCUUUCUCAAUGCCUAUCCCAGUGCCUGUGCCCAUGUUCCUGCCCACUACCUUGGAGAGCACAGACAAGAUUGUGGAGACCAUCGAGGAGCUGAAGGUGAAGAUCCCUUCUAACCCCUUGGAGGCCGACAUCCUGGCUAUGGCAGAAAUGAUUGCAGAGGCCGAGGAGUUAGACAAGGCCUCAUCUGACCUUUGUGAUCUCGUGAGCAACCAGAGCGCAGAGGGUCUUCUGGAAGACUGCGACCUGUUUGGGCCAGCUCGGGAUGAUGUCCUGGCCAUGGCUGUCAAGAUGGCCAAUGUGUUGGAUGAGCCUGGGCAAGACUUGGAGGCGGACUUCCCCAAGAAUCCUUUGGAUAUUAACCCCAGCGUAGAUUUCCUGUUUGAUUGUGGCCUGGUAGGGCCUGAGGACGUGUCUACUGAACAAGACCUUCCCCGAACCAUGAGGAAGGGUCAAAAGCGGCUGGUGCUUUCAGAGAGCUGUUCUCGGGACUCCAUGAGCAGCCAGCCUAGCUGUACUGGACUCAACUAUUCAUAUGGUGUCAAUGCUUGGAAGUGCUGGGUGCAGUCGAAAUACGCCAAUGGAGAAACCAGCAAGGGUGAUGAGCUGCGCUUUGGCCCCAAACCUAUGCGUAUCAAAGAGGAUAUUCUGGCCUGCUCAGCUGCUGAGCUCAACUACGGUCUGGCCCAGUUUGUGAGAGAAAUCACUCGACCCAACGGUGAACGAUAUGAACCUGACAGUAUCUACUAUCUGUGUCUUGGCAUCCAACAGUACUUGUUGGAAAAUAACCGAAUGGUGAACAUUUUCACGGACCUUUACUACCUGACUUUUGUUCAAGAACUCAACAAGUCUCUGAGUACCUGGCAGCCCACACUCCUCCCCAACAAUACGGUGUUCUCCCGAGUGGAGGAAGAGCACCUCUGGGAGUGUAAGCAGCUGGGGGUCUACUCACCCUUUGUCCUUCUCAACACCCUCAUGUUCUUCAACACUAAGUUUUUUGGGCUGCAGACGGCUGAGGAACACAUGCAGCUCUCCUUCACCAACGUGGUGCGGCAAUCCCGCAAGUGUACCACCCCUCGGGGCACCACCAAGGUGGUGAGCAUCCGCUACUACGCCCCUGUCCGCCAGAGGAAAGGGCGAGACACUGGUCCUGGGAAACGGAAGAGAGAAGACGAAGUCCCCAUCUUAGAGCAGCGUGAGAACCGCAUGAAUCCCCUCCGCUGCCCUGUCAAGUUCUAUGAAUUCUAUCUCUCAAAAUGCCUCCGGACUCGCAACGAUGUGUUCUACCUGCAACCCGAGCGGUCCUGCAUCGCCGAGUCACCUCUCUGGUAUUCUGUGAUCCCCAUGGACCGCAGCAUGUUGGAGAGCAUGCUCAAUCGCAUUCUGGCUGUGCGUGAGAUUUAUGAGGAGCUGGGUCGUCCCGGGGAGGAAGACCUGGACUAA